GUCUGUCAUGGGGCUGCUUCUAUCCAAGAGGGACACCAAGAGGACUCCCACGGUUGUUCUGAUGGGCCUGGGCUCAUCUGGGAAGUCCACCCUGCUCUUCAGGCUCAAGACAGGGUUGGUGAUGGAUACUUCCCCCACCGUGGGCUUCAACGUGGUGACCCUGGAUCUGAACAAGAAAACGGCCUUGACCGUGUGGGAUGUGGGCGGACAGGGGGAGAUGAGGGCCAACUGGAGGUACUACCUGGAGGGCUGUAAGGCUAUGGUGUUCGUGGUGGACAGUAGUGACCGGGCCAGUAUAGGGGACGCUCAGAAGGCUCUGAAGAAUGUCCUGUCCGACGACAACAUGAAGGGAAUACCUCUGGUGGUGCUGGCUAACAAGAAGGACCUCCCCAACACCAUGAACAUCAGAGAGGUGUCCAACCAGCUGGAGCUGCCCAGCUACAAAGACCGAGCCUGGCAGAUCCAGGCAUGCAGCGGCCUGAAGGGAAUGGGGCUCCAGCAAGCCUUCCUCUCUGUGGCCAAACUCAUCAAGAAGAGCUGAGAGGAGACACGUCAGUGGAGAUAUCACUGUGUGAGAGACACUUGACAAGUCGGAGAUACUGACUGUAUAGUGCACUACCUUAAACUAGAACAAUAUUAAAGUACCUCAGAAGUAGUGCACUAUAAAGGGAAUAGGGUGCCAUUUGAAAUGCAGAUUAUAACAGAACAAUGAUUGUGGAAGAGCCAGGAUUCUCAAUCCAAUUAUGAACUAAGCGCAGGAUUCAUAUUUGGGCAUUUCGAUUGUGCGAUCAACAUGGUUGAGAUUUAACACUUAUCACAGCAGUUAAAUGUGCCUGCUAAGGGAGACUGGAGAGUAUUGUUACACUGUGGAGAUGUGGGGAAAGAUAGCUAGGGAAACAAAUUGUUUGCAGAUCCAUAACUUUAUUUAUAUUAAUGAUAAACUAAUAAAACAUGCUAAACCUAAUGUAAA